AUGCCCCUUGGCGAAGUCGUCGUCGUCGCCUCCGCCGCACAAUUAUUACUUCAACUUUUCAUUUGGGUCUCGCCACUCGACGCGGUUUUCCCGGAGUCUGGAGGUGCUGCAGGAUACCAGGAUGGCCGGCUGGAAGAAUACUCCUGGCCAUGGCUUGUAAUUUCGCUUCCUGCGUCUCAUUUUUCAUAUUUCACCGCUUUGAGUGCCAUUUGGCAAGCUGCAAACUGGAAACGGCAAAAGGCGACUGGCCAACAAGGUAGAAGGAUUGGAAUGGGGGAGUGCAGCACAUGUUCUCGUGCCAACUGACAAACCUCAAAGUGGGUUCUGGACGGGAAUCUCUAGAUAAAGAUUUUGACCACCAUAACCAGGGCCAGUAUUUUAUGGGGUGAUAUUUGUUAA